AGCGAGAAGCGAGCGACCCACUAGCAGUGGAAUAGAUAGAUUCGCGCUGCCCUUUAAGUUUCCUUACACGACCAGACGCAGAAAAUUUAACUCCGGCCAGCAUGGCAGCGACAUUGCGAAGAUUCAAUGGCUUCAGAUUGCUAAAAUCUACGCCAGCACUGAAUCUGCAACAGGCCAAGAACCUGUCCACGGCUUCGAGCUGGGCGAGCAGCAACAAAAAGCUGAUCAGUGCCAUCGGUGCUGUUACCGGCGGCGUUGGUGCGCUUCUGUUUGCCCUGGAGCAAUCCGUGGAUGCUAACAGCGGUGAGGUGCAUUCGCCUGCCCAGCCCUGGAACCACAAGGGUCUCUUCUCCUCGCUGGAUCACCAGAGCGUGCGUCGUGGCUACGAGGUGUACAAGCAGGUGUGCUCCGCCUGCCACUCGAUGCAAUACAUUGCCUACCGCAAUCUGAUUGGCGUCAGCCAUACCGAAGCUGAGGCCAAGGCCGAGGCCGAGCAGAUCACGGUGAAAGACGGUCCUGAUGAUAGUGGCAACUACUACGAUCGUCCCGGCAAACUCUCGGACUACUUCCCAUCGCCGUAUCCCAAUGAGGAGGCUGCGCGUGCUGCUAACAAUGGUGCCUAUCCACCGGAUUUGAGCUACAUCGUGUCCGCGCGCCAUGGCGGCGAGGAUUACAUCUUUUCGCUGUUGACCGGCUACCAUGAUCCGCCAGCUGGUGUAGUGCUGCGCGAGGGCCAGUACUUCAAUCCGUACUUCCCUGGCGGUGCCAUUUCCAUGGCCCAGGUCUUGUACAACGAGGUGAUUGAGUAUGAGGAUGGCACACCGCCAACACAGAGUCAAUUGGCCAAGGAUGUGGCCACGUUCCUCAAGUGGACAUCGGAGCCGGAGCACGACGAUCGCAAACAGCUGCUGAUCAAAGUGAUUGCCAUUCUCGGCUUCCUGACUGCCAUCUCGUAUUACAUUAAACGGCACAAGUGGUCCUCGCUCAAGUCCCGAAAGAUCGUCUUUGUGCCCAAGGAGAAGUAGACAUGUGUUUAAAUUUGAUUUGGCGUGAAGAAUUGCAGUGUUAACGCGGCUUUACCGACUAAUGAAAAUAAAUCAAUUUUAAGCAUAAAACCCAGGAAAUGUUCGUUCACACACACACAAAAUUCAAUUAAAAGAAAUAACAGCUAAUAACAAGUAACAUGCCAGAACAGGAAAAACCAAAAUGCCUAGUAUAAACGAGGAUGCACGAAGAACCACGAAGCCAAGAAUAACAUCAGGAAAACGGGGAGUUCAACUAAAGCAAAGAGCCUAGACAAAAUGAAUCAUGGAUACUAUUACAUGUAUUGUGUAUAAAUCUUUAAUUCAAAUUAUGUAUUUAAAUAAACAAUUGAAAAGAAAAACCCGAA